GUUCCUUAAAGUGACAAGUGACCUUCCUUUCUGGUUGCUGAGAAUCACCUCUGAGAUUUUGUUCUGUUUUUCAGAUGACAAACCAGAUGACAAACCAGAUAACAAGCCGGAUGACUCAGGCAAAAACCCAGACCCAGAUUUCCCCAAAUUCUUAAACUUGCUGGGCACAGAGAUCAUUGAGAAUGCAGUUGAGUUCAUCCUCCGCUCCAUGACCAGGAACACAGGAUUUAUGGAAUUUGGUGAUAAAUCAGGAGAACAUUCAUCAAAGUGA